AUACCUGGUUUACAAUGCUAUGCUCUAGUUAUUCAUUCUGCUGGCCCAAAUUCCAUAGGUCUUGGCUCUAGAAGCUCUCGGUUACACGUACCUUUACACCCAUGACUGGCAAGAAUCGGCUGCAACUUACAGAAUCUUCCCUGAACACGUCAUUGCUAUCCUCAUGGAGGACCAGGAUAUGAGAGACUGUCUCAAAGAGACACGUUGCACAAAAAAUAACGAGAACCCAUACGGCAUGCCCAUAUGGAAGAUUUUCUCAUUCUUGUUUUGGCCGAUUUACAGUCACCCGCUUGGAAAACAGUGGACGCUCAAUCCGGAGCCCUACGGAGAAGAAGCGCACUGGAGAGGAGGAGGGACGCCGCUUUCGUACUCUAUCGAGCCAUCUUGUGAUAAAGUGCAAUUUGUGCCCCACUCAGAGCGCGCGAGAGACAAGUAUGCUUUGGUCAUGACCAAGGCCAUGCGAAACUUCCUCCCCGGAGAGACGAACGGAUGGGAGAUAGACGACUUUAACCACGCCGCCAACGAAACGGGCAUCAAGUUCAAAGCUUGCGCCGACCCUGAUCCUGAGAGCGACAGAUUGGGACCGAUCUCCCUCCCGAAAUCGGUAGAAAACCUCGGGACGUUAGGGCAGACGGAAUUCGUGCAGUUAUUGGCGAGGGCGUCGGUGCUUGUUGGGGUUGGAAGACCAGAGACGUAUGGGACUUUUUUCAGGGUGUUUGUGGACAUGCGCACAAUGCUCACCUUCCUUACCAGGUCCCCUACCCCGUACGAAGCCCUAUGCCUAGGGAUACCAUUCAUCAAUCCUAUCCUCCACUGGAAUAGGGAAAAGCCGGAACUCAGGGAAGCCUGGGGAGCUCAGCACUCAAUGCUGAAGCUGCUUGAUCCACCAUAUGUAUACAACGUAAAAAAGGGUGACCGCGAAGGGCUCACGAAGGCUAUACAAGCCGCAUUAAACGACCCGAUUGACAGACCGCAUGAAGCUGACGUCGAUAAUCCGGAAUGUAGAAUCUGUAUUGUCGAAAGAUUGGCGUACAGAGGCUGAGAAGUCUGCGGCGAGCGGCGUACCUUUGGGAUCUUUCUUGUUGUGA